UGUCCCCGCCCGGCCCCCGUCACUUGCCGUGCCGGCGCUCGCUCGCUCCCCGGUCCGGCAUGGCGGCGGAGCAGCCCCAGCCCGCGGGCUCCAAGCCGCUGAGCGGGCUGCUGAGCGGCAUCGCGCAGGCCGCGUACUACGGCCACGCGGGCGUCACCGAGGAGCUACUGCGGGGCCAGCUCUACCCCGAGGCGGCGCCGCACGAGUUCCGGGCCCUGCUGGCCAAGAUGAGCGGCGUCCUCAAGUCUGUAGCUUCAGCAGACAUGGAUUUGAACCAGCUGGAGGCCUUUCUUACUGCCCAAACCAAAAAGCAGGGAGGUAUCACAGCAGAUCAGGCUGCAGUCAUUGCAAAAUUUUGGAAAAACCACAGAACAAAAAUUCGAGAGAGUCUGAUAAAUCAAAGUCGGUGGGACAACACCUUGAAAAACAUGAACUGGAGAGUGGAUUUGAAAUCGCAGUCAAGACACAUCGACCAAAUAAACAUCCCUGUUGCAAUCGUUGAAAUGGAACUGGGGAAAGAUGGGCAGAGUCAAUUCUUUUUUUUCUUACAAGACUUUUUUUUUUUAUUUUAAAAAAACAGCAAGAAUGGGUGAUGUUAAUUACUGGCUGCAUGGCUGAGGACUUUAAAGGCAAAAAAGCUGGUCAUGCCAUGAAGGGAGAACAAUACUUCAUUGUAUUCUAUUGUAAUUUAGAGCCCAGCUUGGUUUAAGGUGGUCACAACUUCUUUCUGAGUUUCUGGAAUUUAGAGAGACAAGGUAGGUGAGGUAAUAUCGUUUAUUGGACCAACUUCUGUUGGUGAAAGAGUCAAACUUUUGAGCUUACACAGAGGUCUUCUUCAGGUCUGGGAAAGGUACUCAGAGUAUCACAGCUAAAUACAAGUUGGAACAGAUUGUUACACAUAAGGAGUUAACACGUUGCAAGAGACCAUUCAAGGUGAAGUGGGCAGUUAACACUUUAAUCUGUAAAACAAAGGAGAGCUAGCAGGUUACAGAUUGUUGUAGGUUUCAGAGUAACAGCUGUGUUAGUCUGUAUUUGCAAAAAGAAAAGGAGUACUUGUGGCACCUUAGAGACUAACCAAUUUAUUUGAGCAUAAGCUUUCAUGAACUACC